AACCCUCUCAACUCAACCAAGCUUACAAUCUGAGCGACGCGUACAAAACAUGACAAGCUAAUUUCAACCCGUCACUUCGAGCGCGGUUGAACUUGCUCCCCUGAUGAGGACCAGCAUGAAAAGAACAAUAUUGUAAUUAUUCACCGCCUUACCUUCGUCAAUACGCGUGCUUCUUGGCAACCAUGGCUCUCCCUCUUGAUGUUCUGGUCAGCCUUUUGAUACCUACUUCUAUCUUCGUUCACUUGUACUUUUCUUCAUUUACGAAGGUGGAAGAGUCGUUCGGUAUCCAAGCCGUCCAUGAUAUCACCAGCUAUGGCAUGCCGCUGGGGAACGUGACCGCCAUUGCCGAGUCCUUUGAUCAUGUUUCGUUCCCGGGCGCCGUGCCUCGUUCAUUCAUUGGCCCGAUUAUCCUCUCAGUCGCAUCCUUUCUUCCUCUCGGUUUUGUAAGAACGCCACUGUUAAAGCAAGUCGCAGUCCGAGGGAUCUUGGGCCUGGUCAAUUCGCUCUCUCUGCUUCAUUUGUUGGAAACCAUGGACACGGCGUUCGGAACGGCGGCCGGCACCUGGUUCGCGUUAUUCCAGGCGUCCCAGUUCCGCGUGAACUACUACGCCUCGCGGACGGUGCCGAAUAUGUUCGCUUUUGGGCUCACGACAUAUGCGUCGAGCCUCUUCGUUCAGGCGAUAUCGGCAGCGGAGCCAACGACGGCGCAGAAGAAAUACCAAAGCUGCCUCUACUACUUGGCAUUGGUGGCCACGGUCGUUCGCUCGGAGAUUGCGCUACUUCUGAUUCCGAUGAGCCUGUCGAGUGUGCUAUGGACCUGGAAGCGCACGCCGGCUGCGAACAGAUCCACCUCGCAGCUUUUAUCCACGGCGUACAAUGUGGCCAUCAGUCCCAUCUUCGUCGGGCUGUGCUAUGGCCUUGUAUACUGUCUUCCGCUAGACACAAUGUUGUGGUUCCCGGCAUACCAUGACAUCUCCCAAGGAUUCCCUCGGAUCGCACGUGAAAACUUUGGUAAGCUCCAAGAUGCUGCGCUGUGGCCGGAAUUGGCUGCUUUGAAGUUCAAUGUUAUUAAUGGAAAUGCAUCGGACUGGGGUAUCGCUCCAUGGCAUUUCUAUUUGUCGUCCGCUGUCCCAGGGCUUCUCCUGAACCCAUUGACUUACAUCAUCUGCAUUCCCACUGCACUUUUACUGUCUCCCCGCGCCAGAUCGAUGGCAUGGCCAUGCCUGCUCUUUAUCGCAGGCAUGAGCUUCGUCGGCCAUAAAGAAUGGCGGUUCAUCGUAUAUGUUUCUCCCAUCCUCACGGGGAUUGCUGCGAUUGGGGCAGCUCGACUCACCGAGCCGAAAAAGUCGACAUCAAACACUAGACCUACUUCCAGCAAAGUCCCUCGGCGCACCUUCUCAGCUACUCUCCAAUGGUGGAUACUUUUGUUAUCUGUCUCUCUCACAGCGAUCGUAUCCGGAGCUACCCUUUUCCUUUCAACCAUGAACUAUCCCGGAGGUACCGCCUUAGUCACCCUCCGCCAUCACCUUCUCACCGACCCGACCUAUGCCUCUACUCUGCCACCUCACGACCCAGCGAAGCCGCUUCGUCCCGUUCCCAUCAACAUCUGGGCCAGCAAUCUGGCGCUGCAAACCGGCAUAACCCGCUUCCUGACGUCCGGGGCCAUCGUGCUCCGUCGCGGCGCCGACACCAACCCGGCCGUCGUCACGCUCGAAAUCGACAAAACGGAUAAUGCAACGCAAACGCUCGAUCCGGAAUUCUGGUCGCAGUUCGACUUUGCGAUCGUGGAACGGCCGGAGCAAUUGAUCGGAGCUUGGAAUACCCUUGAUACCGUUUACUCUUACGCGGGAUUAAGCAUCCUUAGACCCGGUGAAAACGGCUCCGGGAAGAUGCCGUUUACCUCGCAACAGCGGGUCAAGGAAGGCCAAGAAGGCGCUGGGGUAAUCGAAGCAGCAGAAGAAGUGCUGCAGGAUAUUGUGAGCAAAGGCAGCGGAAACGCCCCCAGGUUGGACACUGUGGGGCAAUGGAAGACCUAUGUGACGGAGAUCGCGCCCAAGGUCUGGAGUGGCGCCAUGAGCGAGAAGCAGUGGGAUGAACUUUACAGCGCCGUUGAAGCAUGGAGCCGAGUCCAUCUCACUCGAGGAUAUUGGGUUGAGGUCAAGAUGGAGCCGAAGCUUCAAAUCCUGGAACGCGUGAGGCACUCCAUACCGGCCUAAGAUAACUCCGUUGGUGAUAACUCCGUUGUUGAUAACUAGAUAGUCUCAUUUAAGUAUUGGCCGUUAAUUGAAUCGUGAGCUCUGACAGUGACAGUUCCAUUAUAUCUGGCGUUGCUAUCCCCAUAUCUACGGAUCUUGCAGCUUCACGAUCACUUUCUUGUUCCCGCCCUUUCCCGAUGACUGCAGUUGGUACGCAUCUACAAUGCUUUCAAAUCCCGUUCCACCCACGAUGUACUCGCUCGGAA